AUGAAGUUACAUCACUGGCUUCUCCUCGGCGUCUUCCAAAUUCACUUCAUUCAAAGCGCAAAGACAUCGUCGCAAGUGGACGAUUUGGAGGAAACGCCCAUCUCGAUGAAUCAAUUUAAGGAGGCGAAUCUCGGAUGCAACAAUGGCGGCGAUGCACCCUGUGAACCAGUGACAAGAAUCUCAAGCAUGACAGGCGACUCUCAGUUAGCGCCAUCUUUUCCGACGCUCUCUCCUGCAGAACCUGGUGCUACGUCCGUGUCAAAUUUGGAAGACAUCAACAACAAAACUUUGAGUGAAGUAUAUCCAAAGUCGGUUCCUCCUUCCAGAGAAUCAGACAUGAGGUCUACACAGAAGUCGGAAAAUUUCGGACCAAAAAUCUUGCGCGGCAGUGUCAUGUUAGUCAGUCAACGAACGACCGAAGGUCUGCAAGAAAACGAGAAUUUCACGACUGAAGUAGAAACCAUUCCUGGUGAUGCAGCUUCCAUUAGGUAUGCAACCUCCCCUGAGGAUGUAAUCUCCUCUGGAGAUGCAAACACCCCUGGGGAUGUCACUCACGCCACGAAUAACGCCUCUCUCGGAAACGACCACUCAGUGGGAUACAUCCUCCGAUCAAGCUACAACCACUCCCAGGGAUACAUCCGCCGAUCAAGCUACAACCACUCCCAGGGAUACAUCCGCCGAUCAAGCUACAACCAAUCCCAGGGAUACAUCCGCCGAUCAAGCUACAACCACUCCCAGGGAUACAUCCGCCGAUCAAGCUCACCAACUCCCAGGGAUACAUCCGCCGAUCAAGCUACAACCAAUCCCAGGGAUACAUCCUCCGAUCAAGCUACAACCACUCCCAGGGAUACAUCCGCCGAUCAAGCUACAACCACUCCCAGGGAUACAUCCGCCGAUCAAGCUACAACCACUCCCAGGGAUACAUCCGCCGAUCAAGCUACAACCACUCCCAGGGAUACAUCCGCCGAUCAAGCUACAACCACUCCCAGGGAUACAUCCGCCGAUCAAGCUACAACCACUCCCAGAGAUACAUCCUCCGAUCAAGCUACAACCAAUCCCAGGGAUACAUCCUCCACCCAAGAGACAACCACUCCAUGGAGUACAUCCUCUACGGGACAUACAGUUACUCCCGGGGAUUCGCCCUUCGCUGGAAAUUCAACCUCACGUGGUAAUGCUACAGAAGGCAUUAAGGAGCGCGAUGAAGAUGAAGAAAGCUCCUGUCCUGUGGGUGACUGCUCUAGCUUCGUCUCAUCCAAAUAUGUCAGUAAGACAAUUACCCCAUGGAAGUACGACGAAUUCGAGCAGCUCAUUACCUACGUGGACAAGUUCGUUUGUUCACCUGGAACGACGAGAUUAGCCGUGGAGACAGCGGAGGAGCAGAUGACGCUGGUUACGUGUUUAUUCUGCAAUGAUAUGUCCUGGUUUGCCGCCCAGCCGAAGAAACACAUACUAACUGCGGGAAUGGUCAACCUCACCGACAUUCCUAACAAGUUACCUGUGGAGGCAGUCCAAGAAUACGGAUACUGGAACUACUGGGACGUUGCAAUGGACACCAACAUACCGUCAAAUGUUGUCCUUUUAAACCCUCUCUCUGGCGAAGAGAUGCCCUCUGGUGUCCCACUGGAACCUGAAAUCUACGCAAUCGUUCUCAUGGGCACAACGGUCGACUCCUGUAUCUCCGACACAUUAGACAGUUGCCCCUACAGCAAAUGGGGCUUGAUUUCUACAAGAGCAGCGAAGGAAGCCUUUGCGAACGUAGCCAUUACUGUCUGCGAAUCUGGUGCGGAAGACACGACAACUACUUUGACCUCGCCCACGACGUCGACAGGAGAGCAAGGGGCAUCCACGGAGGCCACCACGACGCCUACCCCUGCAGAAUCAACUACCACGGCUUUGCUGACAUCGUCAACUUACGAGAGUUCAGCAACAUCGAGUAGGAGUACAACUACUACAACCAAAGUGAUAACACCGAUAGCUGAAGAUUGCUGUUACGUGGAAACGGGAGCCCCUCCCUGGGUUUGCCCAGGCAAAAUAAGGAGACGCGCAUGCCCUGUGGAUGGGUACGUUGGAUACCAGACGGUGACGUGCCAUCCGGGUCAACGGCUGUUUGUCGUUGAGGAUCGCUGCGUUCAAAAGUGGAUCGUCGGCGUGCAAGAUCAGAUCGAAUCCGGCAACUGCUCGGCGGCGGACAUAUCCUCAGAGGUGAAGAGCCUGACCAAUCAGUACACUUCAUUGACGCCCAGUGACCUUUCAACUCUCAUUGGCGUCCUUAGCAAUCUCACCGCCUUGGCAGCUCAACAGGAAGUGGCUGGAAAUCUUGGAGGAUCCCUUCUUCAAAACCUGGAAUCCUCCGGAUUCCUAUUGGCUGAGCAGAUAAGCAACACUACCCGUCGCUUCAACAGCUCAGAGGUGCAACUUUCGGUCUUUGCUAUUUCAAGGAACUCAUCGGAGGACGUCAACCUCUUUAUCCCUGACGACCACCACAGAACUUCCUUCCAUCUUCCGGAGGACUUCGGAAGUCUCCUGGAGGAUAACAGCACCCAAGUUAGAUUGGUAUCCUUCAGAGUCGAGCAGCAGUCCGCGCUGAGGGCCCUGCCGGCAGCGCUCAAUAGGGACGUGAAAUACGGCUCCUACAAAGAGAUGAACAGCCCUUUGCUUAGCGUCAGCGUUGGAGGAGUUGGACAGCAGAUAAAUUUCACAGAAAUGGAGGACAUGGCCAUUAUACGCUUCGAGCACAGCUCCCCGGAGGCAGGGCCAGUCUUCAGACAACUGUUCAGGGACAGACGACCUGGGGAGCAGGCGACGCCAGUACCCCAGACGGCAACGUGCGUCUACUGGGACACUGAAACCAGCCAAUGGUCACCAGACGGAUGUUAUGUAAUCAACACGACUCAUCACGUCACAUACUGUGGAUGUGACCACCUCACAAUGUUCGCCAUUUUGACGGACAUCCAUAGUUACAUCGGUCGUGACCAAGUCCUGGAUAUUUUGGGAACGGUACUGUCAACCAUCUCCUGUGUCUCGUUAUUCGUCGCUUUUGGCAUUUUACAUUACUACAAGAGCAUUGCCAGCCAGCGGGUCUCCAUUACAAAGCAACUAUGUGCUGCUUUGGGAAUUGCACAUUUACUUCUUUUGUUUCUACUAGACCGAGAUUUUCUAAAGCUGUCGGAGAGUGCCUGUUCAGUAGCAGCUAUAGUGCUUCAUUACUGGCUGACGGCAUCGCUGUUCUGGAUGCUAGCAGAGGGCCUCCAUCUCCUGCAGACAGUCACUGAUGUGCUUUCACAUGCAUCCUACAUGCCUGUGUAUUGGUUGUUGGGAUACGGCGUUCCGGCAAUACUGGUUAUGACAACGAUACUCGUCGCUUACGGCAUCGGUCAAUGGUCGUCUCAGGAUGCCUACGCUCCUCCGUAUAGCGAAUACUGCUGGUUAUCUACAGAACAUGGCUACAUCUGGACAUUCACCGGUCCUCUCAUUGUGAUUGUUAUUCUGAACACCUUCAGCAUGAUGGUCGCCCUCCGCUCUGCAGCUACUCUGAGGACGAACAAACAGAAGACGCUGCCUGAACAGAUACGGUUAUGGGUCAAAGGGUCAUUUUCCCUCAACUGUCUCCUGGGGACGACAUGGGUGUUCGGAUUCCUGUACAUCAAUACUGGACACGUCUUCGCCUACAUAUUUACCAUCUUCAAUGCAUCCCAGGGACUGAUGAUUCUUGUUCUACACUGCAUUGUGAAUGAAUCGGUGCGCACAGCCAUCCUCAAUUCUUUGCCCGAUCGAAUUUCGAAGCAUUUGAAGAAGCAGACAAAGGCACCUCCGACCCGCCGAACCCGGAAAGUAGCUGUCGUCAGUCAGCAAGGUCCCACGCCUGUCAGAGCGUUGAGCAAGGAUGAAAACAGCUCGGUGACCUUCGGUUCUGCAACGCCAGAAAGUAGCCCGCCCACUUAUUCCCAAAGGCGGAGAAGGAUUCAACCUGCCCCUGUGGAUGUCGCCUCCCCGCGGCCACCCAGGACUGUCAGACAUGGAAGCCAGCAAUCGAACUCCACUCAGAUGACUUUUAUUUUAGAAUCCUUCGGGAACCACAACAACAGCAGCGGCAGCAGUAACAGCAGCACCAGCAGUAGCCCAAAGAGCCGGAGGACCUCGCUGGACUCGUUCGAGUCGUCGAACUCCUCCUCCUCCUCUACCGACGAAGGUUACCCCGACCUCCCUUCCAAAUACUGCGAGGAGGCUGCGCCCUGGACCUCUGAGGGCUCUCGAUACAUUCCAGGAUUCGCGGUCAUUUUGGAGUGCGACGAGAGAAGCCCCAGAUCUGAGCAACAAGUCAAGUUUUUCCAGUAGCUGGACGACAAGAGAGAGAGAGAGAGAGAGCGAGCAUCUGAUGUGAGGUGUGUAGAGAAUGACCUCGUCGUAGCCAUCAGAUGUUCAGUAGUGUCUUUCCUAUUUUCUGGGCUUAAUACGUACGUAAGAUAUAGAAUUAGGUUAGAGAGGAGAGAGAGAGAGAGAGAAUCCAACUAAGUUUAGGCAUGCUUUUGUUUUCUGUUCUCAAAAGAAUACUUUGAAAGCUUUCCAUUUUAUACAUGGAAAAAAUAUACAUGAGACAAGACAAACAUUCAGAAGGAGAGAUAUUCAUAAUUAUACACACCACAAGGACAAACAUUACUUUCAUUGCCAUCGAUUUAUUUUAACGAGAAAAACGAACGAAAAACAUGUUAGUAUAAAACAGAAGACAGAAUCUAUUUCAUACGGCAAAGUUUUAAUUGAAGAUAUUUGGUUUACUGUUGCCUCUUUUCAUAGGCGAAAACAUCUGCGCGUCUAACAUGAGAAACGAACACACGAUUUAGCAUUCGUUAGCAUUCAUGGUAUUCAAGUAAUUACAGGAACUAUGAUGGCCACCUACAGGAUGUCAAAUUUAAAAGCAUUUGGAAGUUGUGACCUUGACUGUGAGGAUUCAUUUUGUUCAUUGUCAUUUGUUUUAGAUUAAGGAAAGAAAUUGUGAUAUCUACUUGUUGUUAUACAGGAAGAAAUGAAAUACUAUGAUUUGGCUCUAAAAGGCAGUAGAUCAUUUGAAUUGGUCAUGUAUCUACUUUAUGGUCGAAUAUAAGAAAUAAAAAUAUGUAUUCAGCAUACCACCGUAAA